AACUUUUGGUCCCUCAAGCAGGCUGCUGAGCCUCACCCUCAACUUCCAAGUCGUAAAUCACGACCAUCACCAGAUUAAUGCCUUCCUCUGCUUGCUCUCACUCUCGGAUGACCGCUGUGCCCUCUCCACAUGCCAAAUCAGCUGGCUACACCCGAGCUUCUCCUACUGCCCUACUCGCGGCCUCCGAGCCAUCCGGUCGAGUCUCCAGGCGCUCAGCGCAAGCAGGCUUAGCUAGUGGAAGACGUCGUAGUGAGCCGUCCGAGGAAGUCGAGUCAGAAAUAGCUCUCCCUCCAGCUCCGACGUAUCCCGGUCCUCUCGUCCUUCCAGGCGAUGACCUCGCUGAGGACCCAAAGUACCCCACGCAAUCGCUACGUGCAUGGCUCCGCCUGAAGGAAAGAAAUCCCAUCACAGACGAAAAACGAACGGUUUACGUGGUUUCUCCACCAGCUAUCGACUCCAGCGUCGACGACAUGGAAAAAUGGGCUGUGCCCACCUACGUCAAACGCAAUCAACCCCAGCUAAAUUCUUGGCUCGGCAGUCAGCCGCUCACAGAGGACAUUAUCUCCUACAUCAGAGCCUUCUUCACCGGUCUCCCCGUCCGCCGUCUCGAGUCCAGCCUACAGUUCAGUCGCUGGGACGAUAACCCCAAAUCUUAUAUUGGACUUGAAUGUCCGACUACCUCCGAAGUCAUCGGCAUCCGCCACCGUGCUGACCCCACUAGGCUCUUCCCUCGCCAGCUAAACCUAAACGAUCUCCUCGACGCAGCGUUAGAAAUCCUUCCCGACGAUGCCUACUGCAUACUCCUCCUCAUGCCGUACGACCUCUAUGAGGACGAUGCCGACGACUUCUGCUGCGGCCGCGCCUACGGCGCUAGCCGCAUUGCUGUCAUUAGCUCGGCGCGAUACAAUCCCGCGCUGGACGCCAGCCAAGACGUCAACGAGGCCCACGCAUGGCCGCUCAGCCAUUGUGCAGAAUACGUGCGCUCGCUCUGCGCCCCUUUGGCUGCUUCGAAACCCAGACCCAAAUCGUCUGCGCUUGUUAUCGGCUGCGAACGAGUCGACUCAAACACGCCUCUCGGCGCCGCGAUACAAGCGGCGUCUGAAGCACUUCCCGACUCGCGGGAAACGUAUCUUCUGAGGGUGUGCCGCACGGCAACGCACGAGCUCGGCCACUGCUUUGGGCUUGACCACUGCGUUUACUAUGCGUGCUUUAUGCAGAGCACAAGUAGCGUUGCAGAGGACGUGAGGCAGCCGCCGUAUGCGUGUGCUGUUUGUGUGUCAAAGCUGGGCAGGGCCACAGGGAGCGGGGAGGUGGGACAUGUUAGUGCGUUAGCUGACGUGUGUGAAGGACGGAGCGGGGCGGGAUGGGCUGCAUUAGGAGCAUGGGCCUCGGCGAGGAGGAGAGCAUUGGAUGGUAAAGGGGAGUACAUUGCGGAGUGAGUGCGUUUAGAUGCUUAAAGCGUCACACUGUGAAUGCGGUGAGAUCUACAAGAAGUUGGGAUCCCAGCCGCUAAAUAGCCAGAGACAACUCAUGCCUGUUUUUGGCCAGUAUAAUUGAAACAUAUAUAUCAAUGCAUGUACAAGA